AUGGCAUCUCAGCCCGUCCCCGGCACAGAUCGCAUCCGCUCCCUCGACGACCAAGACGCCAUCUACCACGCUUUUGACGCCUACCCCUGGGCAAAGGACAAGACUUUUCUGUCCGGCCUGUCCGCCAUCCUCGGCGAGCCCAAUCCCCAGAACCCCCGAGGCUCCCCUGCCGACAUCGCCACCCACGCCCGCAUCUUCUACUACGCCCAGCGCAUAGGCGUGCAAAUCGACUUUGCAGACUACCACGCAUGGCUCGCCCGCCACCCUGACCACCAACCCCCCCAGCUCAUCCCUCAUGAUUCCCUCUCCCCGGAACGGCGGCAGCAUGAGGCCCCAUCACCUCUUUCAUGGCAGCAUGCUGCGCCCAAGGCAGACCUCUACGUCGAUCGCAGCCACCAGUCGUCAUCAGCCGCUGGCGGGGAGCCAAACUACCCCAUGGGCUUUGCCGAGAUGCUCAAGCUGCUUCAGGAGGGCAAGCCCGUACCGGGCAUCAGGCAGAUUCCCAACACCAUUGCCAGAGAUCCGUCCAUCAAGCCUGUUGGCACGCGGGCAGCCCCCAAAAAGCCAUGGGAAAAGGACAUUACUCCUACUCCUCCUGAGAUGAAUCUUCCCCAGGCCCUCGACUCCGACUUCCCCCCAAUCGAUGGCGAGUCCCCCGAGUCAUCUACUGAGGCGACGGGAGCAAGGGGCUCGUAA